AUGCCGAGCGCGAGCGCACAGGGGCGGUCGUCGGUUGGGAAUUUGAGAUUUUCGUCGUCGUCGAUUGCACGCGGCACUUCAACGUCUAAACAAGCGUGCGUACCGAUCGAGGCGAGGUCGAUGCGAUCACGAGUAGUUUUACUCGCGCGAGCGGCGCUCGUUGGGCGCGAGAGUGGGGGUGGGAGCGCGCGAACGUGGACGCGCGCGAACGCGAACGCGAGCGCGGCGGCUCAGAACGCGAGCGAGCAGAGACAGAAUAAUCGCACGUUGAUGAUCGUCGAGUCACCAGCCAAGGCGAAGACGAUAGAGAAGUAUUUGGGACCCGGAGCGAAGGUGCUCGCGAGCUAUGGGCACGUGAGAGAUUUGCUGAAUAAGCAAGGGAGUGUGCGACCAGAGGAGGCAUUCGCGAUGACGUGGACGUCAACUGCGAGGCAAAGGGCGGCGGUGAAGGACAUUGCGGACGCUCUCAGGCAAGCUGACGUACUUUUACUUGCAACUGAUCCCGAUCGCGAAGGCGAAGCGAUAUCCUGGCACUUACUGGAGGUGCUGAGGGAAAAGAAGUUGUUGCGAGACAAUUUGGACGUCAAGCGUGUGACGUUCGGAGAGAUCACAAAGAGCGCGGUUCUCAACGCGGUGGCGUCGCCGAGGGAGAUCAACACGCCCAUGGUAGACGCGUACAUGGCGCGACGCGCGUUGGACUACCUCUUCGGGUUCACGCUGUCCGGGUUAUUAUGGCGUAAACUGCCGUCGAGCGUGAGCCUGUCAGCGGGCCGGGUGCAGAGUGUCGCACUUCGUUUGAUCUGCGAGCGUGAGGAGGAAGUCGAGUCUUUCGUUAGCGAGCCAUACUGGACCGUGACUGCGAAUUUACUCUCGAAAGAUGGUGCCUCGUUUGACGCCGCUCUCACGCAUGUGGAUGGAACCAAGCUCGGGAAGUUUACCAUUGCGUCGAACGACCAAGCUGAGACGUACGCACGACGCGUUCAAGAGUGUGAUUCGCUUCGAGUGACGGGUUUGAAGCUCAGUGAGGCUAAGCGUUCGAGCGGACCACCGUUCACGACGUCUACGAUGCAACAGGAAGCGAACAAACAGCUCGGUUUUGGAGCUUCGCGAACGAUGUCUGCGGCGCAGCGGCUGUACGAAGGCGCCGGCACUGGGGAAGGUUUGAUCACGUACAUGCGCACAGACGGCACAUACGUCGCGCCAUACGCCAUCGAUGGCUUGCGUGAUACAGCUAUAGAGCUCUUUGGUGCGGAUUACGUGCCCGAGUCUCCGCGCUACUUCAAGAAGACGCAGAAGAAUGCGCAAGAGGCACACGAAGCGAUUCGUCCGACAAAGGCGGGUCGCGUCCCGGCACAAGUGGCAAAGAUGCUUGGACCUGGAAGCGACGAGGCGCGAUUGUACGCCCUCAUCUGGGCACGAGCGAUGGCCUCCCAGAUGACGCCUGCGUUAUCCGAUCGCGUCGCCGCUGAAAUAUCCUCCGAGGAUGGCAGUUUACAGCUCAAGGCGAACGGCAACAGAUUGAAGUUCCCAGGAUUUCUCGCCGCAUAUAGAACGUCGAGACCCGAUGCGCCUCCGCCUUCGAACGACGCAUGGUUGCCUGAGUUGCGUGAGAGUGAUUCUUUGGCGGUUAAUGUCGACGACCAAACGUUAGGUUGCGCUGCGACGUCUCACACAACGUCACCACCGCCGCGGUACACGGAUGGUUCGAUCGUCAAAGCUUUGGAGGAACGAGGCAUCGGACGUCCGAGCACUUACGCCCCAAUUUUGAAGGUGCUCGCGCAACGAGAAUACGUCGCAAAGCAAGGCGCAGCGCUCAUUCCGACCACUCGCGGUCGCCUCGUUUCCGCGUUUCUCACAAAUUAUUUCGAGACAUACGUCGACUACGGCUUCACGGCAAAUCUAGAGCAAAAGUUGGAUGAAAUCACAGCCGAGAACGUGCAGUGGAGGCCGUUGCUCGAGGAAUGGUGGACACCGUUCAAGAAUCAGAUCUCGUCGUUGUCUACACUUCGCGUGAGCGAAGUGAUCGACGCCUUGGAUGAAAAGCUCGGACAACACCUAUUUGGAGAGGAGAAGUACGACGGUUAUGUGCAUGUGAAUCCGGAUCAAGUCAGUGACGUGGGAGACGGUACGACGACGUCGACGAAUGAUGCUCAAGAAGUUAGCGAUGCGCGAAAAUGUCCGAGCUGUAAGACUGGCCGACUCGGGCUAAAGCCGUCAAAGUCUGGAGGAUUCAUCGGAUGCUCGCGAUAUCCAGAGUGCGGAUUCACGCAUCCUCUUCAUCCAAUUCGCGGCGCCAUCGUGAGCGACACAGAUGACGCGGAUUUCAUGGCAUCCGACGCGAGCAGCGAUGUCUUGCUAUAUCCUAAAAUACUGGGAGUCGAUCCCGAGACUGGUAGCGAGAUUUCUCUACGACUUGGCCCGUACGGUCCGUACUUACAACUCGGCGAAAAAGCGGCGCCUGUCGUUUCGGAGGAUGGCAAAAAGGCGAAGAAACCACCGGCACCGCGUCGUGUAGGCGUAGCGAACAUCGAAAAAGACGUGAGCGAGCUGACCUUGGAAGACGCUGUCCGACUUUUUGAGUAUCCGAAGGAGAUAGGCAAGCAUCCGAUGACCGAGUCGCCAGUCUCGAUCAACAUGGGUCCUUUCGGGUACUACGUCGCGUGCGAUGGCAUCAACGCAUCCGUGGGUAAGUCCGUAUUAAAGCGCGUCGGUUCGCUCGAUAACGUCACAUUGGAGGAAGCUGUGGAACUGCUUCGCAAGAAAGCGGAACGCCCGCCUCGAACGCGCGGUAGGUACGCGAAAAAGGCGGAUAAGAAGGCGAAGAAGGAGCCAAAGGCGAAGAAAGCGGCCAACGAGCCCAAAGAGGAGAAGGCAAAGAGGGAGCCCAAAGAGAAGAAGGCUAUGAAAGACCCUGCGCUGAAGAAACCUCUUACCGCGUUUUUCAUGUUCUCCGCGGACGAGCGCGCGAACGUCAAGGCUGAGAAUCCGACGUUUAAGAUUGGAGACAUCGCCAAAGCGCUUGGCGAGCGAUGGGCGACUCUCGAUCCGGAGCGCAAGGCGAAAUACGAGAGCGACGCCAAGGCGGCGAAGGAGGCUUGGACGAGAGUCGCGACGGAAAGAUCCAAGGAAUCGUCGUCGUGA